AUUAAGAUGGGUGGGAGGGGGGUUGGUAAUGUUGAGUGGCCACAAUCAUUAUAUGGUGCGUCCUCAUGCGGCUGACGCAACGCCAUCAGUCAGUCCAGCAGCGGCUCGUGUGGUCGUUGAGCAACUUUAUUUUGAUCCAAAAUGGUGGUGAGUUUCUCCUCAUUCCUCCUGUCUGGGAUGCUGAUCUGUGGUCUGCUUCUGCACAUGGUGUCCCAACAUGGAGCCAAUGUUGAUCAGUCCAGUCAGAAGCCCAAUUUCAUUGUCAUACUGGCAGAUGAUAUAGGCUGGGGUGACCUGGAUGCUAAUCAGCCUGAUGAGAAGGCAAACAACACACCUUACCUGAACCUGAUGGCUGAGCAAGGACUAAGAUUGACCGACUUCCACUCUCCUGCCUCCACCUGUUCUCCUUCCCGUGCUGCCAUCCUGACAGGCCGCUACGGACUGAGAAACGGGGUGACACAUAAUUUUGCUGUGGGCUCAGUGGCCGGUCUGCCUCUGUCCGAAGUCACCUUGUCUCAGCUACUACAGAGUGCGGGUUAUUACACCGCCAUGAUCGGGAAGUGGCAUCUCGGCCACAAUGGACCAUAUGGUCCAACUAACAGAGGUUUUGACUACUACUUAGGUAUCCCUUACAGUAAUGACAUGGGCUGCACUGAUGUACCUGGGUACAAUUUGCCACAGUGCCUUCCCUGUGACUCAUCUGGACCUCAGGUGAUCAGAUUGAAGAGGAGUGUACAUGGGGGCUGUUAUUCCAAAGUGGGCCUUCCUCUGAUUGAAAACAGAAGUAUUGUGGAGCAGCCGCUUGACCUGUGGACACUAACAGAACAAUACAAAUCCGCUGCAAUCAGGAUUAUACAGAAUGCAAGGGAGCGAGGACAGCCCUAUUUCCUCUACAUAGCGCUGGCUCACAUGCACGUUCCCCUGGCCCCUCCGCUCCCUCCAGAUGCUUCUGCCGCUGCCCGUCUCCCAGAUGAUGGCAAAGUGUACAGCGCCAGUCUGCGAGAGAUGGACAGCCUGGUGGGGGCGAUAAAGAGUUUUUCUGAUGAGACAGACAAACAUAAUACUCUGAUCUGGUUCACAGGCGACAACGGCCCUUGGGAACAGAAGUGCCAGUACACAGGAAGUGUUGGACCAUUUGUGGGAAAGUGGCAGGUCAGCAGAGGUGGAGGCUCAGCUAAGAAGACCACCUGGGAGGGAGGUCACAGGGUACCAACAGUGGCCUAUUGGCCUGGGAGGGUCCCUACAAACACCACCAGCUCUGCCCUGCUCAGUGGUAUGGACAUCUUCCCAACCCUUCUGUCCCUGGCAAAUGUAACUCCCCCCUUAGACAGACGUUACGAUGGCAUUGAUGCCACAGAUGUCCUCUUGCAUGGUGGACAGAGUGGUCAUGAGUUUCUCUUCCAUCCCAACAGCGGUGCUGCAGGGGAGUUUGGUGACCUGCAGACAGUUCGAACAGGGAAACACAAAGCUUUCUACAUCACAGGUGCAGCUGAGGCCUGUGGUGGUGCAACCGGAAGGCAGCAGCUCCAUGACCCGCCCCUGAUAUUUGAUCUGGAGCAUGACAAGGGUGAAGAAACACCCCUGGAGGUCAAGGCUCCAGAAUACCAGUCGGUAGCGGAGAGGAUCGCCCGUAGGAGGGAGGAGCUAUUAUGGGACAUUGCCACUGACAAGUCUGUGUCCACGGCAGACUACAGCACAGACGAAUUAGCAGUGCCCUGCUGUGAUCCUAGACAGGCUGUCUGCCGCUGCCACAAGCUGGGCUGAGGGUAGGGAAGUCAGGCUGACAGAUGUGGAGUCCACUGUCUCCUUUUCAGUUGUACUCAGCUGUUUGUUUGUAGAACUUGUUGAUUGGGAAGUUCAAUGUCCACAUGCAGCAGCGGACGUGCAAACAAGCAAGAGAGAGAGAGAGAGAGAGAGCAAAAGAGAUGCAGAUGGCCGAACUUUGGACAGUUGAUAUUGUGAGGUCAAUAAUUUGACAACAGAUUUUAUAAUAUCUAUAUAUAAUAUCUGUUGUCACAAGUAGACAUAAAUUUAAUGUAAUACUUCAUGUUUCUGAGUUGUAUUUGAUUUUGCAGUUUAAUUCAGCACUGGAAAGUUUUAAUGUUUGUGGAACAUUUGAGGUUUUGUGGGACAGACUUCUAAAAUGUGUAAAACUUGCUUGCUUUUUUUGUUUUGCUGGAUUUAAUGCAGGAUUUAAAUAUUAGCAUAAAUGUCACAUAAACCAAAAAUCUCCCAUGCAGAGACUGAGUUACUUUUCAGCUUUAAUGAGUCUCCGGUACAAAUGUCCAGUAUUGAACAGCUCAAUGCAGCGUAAGAGUAUCCUAACAGCGCCAUCUUUUGGCAAAUCAAAUGGUAUUACCAUGUUACUUAUUACAACAGUACUAUAUAUAAAUGUUAUAUAUACAUUAUACACACAGUAAAAAUCCUCAAUAUAUAUUUUUUACGCACGGUAAGUCUAUGCGUUUGAUAUGUAAUACUCAAAACAUUUUGCAAAAAGAAUAUUUAAUACAUCAAAGUAAAAAUGACUAAUAACUUUCAUGUUGACAUACUGUAUUUUGCAUCAUGUAGAAGGAAAGGAUGUCACUGAAAUUCAAGGACCUGUACCUUUGACCUGGACAGCUCACCGUCAAACAUUUCACAUUCAGCUACAGACUGCUCCUCCCGCAGAGCCGACUCUUCCAGAUAAACUAUCAAGUUACAUUUGUGACUCUGCAGGUUUGUCGUCUCAUCUGUCGCUACCGUGAUUAGUUAUGACAGCUGCAUCGGCAAGUCAUAUAAUACUUACUGCAUGUAUCUAGCGUAUGACAUGUACAACACGUUUUCCUUCUUGAGUGAACUGCUGCUCCUCAUUUAGAAGUAAUGCCCACUGAUAUGCUCCCCACAUUUCUGAGGCCUGAUUGACAAAAAUGCCCUUAUGAUAGAUUUUCAACUGCUAAUUCCUUAGAUAUGUGAAAGAAAACCACACAUGACUCUAAUUUUAUCACGUCAUUGUCUGAUUGCACUUAUUUAGAAGCUGCUAAGAUUACCUGUCAGGUGACAUCUUAUCAUCCCUCACUGAGCAUUUUUGUGAAUCAGGCCCGGCUGCAGGUCAUCCCUGUCUAUUGUCUCCUGUACUACCUUGUUAAAUUCAUACUCUGCUGAACCAAUGACAUGCACAUUUGAUUGCUACCACGAUAAUAUUGUGCAACAAUAAUGUCACUGUGCUGUCAGGGUUUCUUGCUGUGGACAGUCAG